AUGUCUCAACCGCCCACCCCCUCGCUAGCCUCUCCAGUUCAACCGGUCUCUCCUGCACCAGGUCAGCAACCAGUCCGUAUCAAUGGUGCCCAGCCGCCCCCCAUGGCCAUUCGCCCGCCUGAUCCAGCCAUGCAGGCUUUGAUUGAAGCCAGCUUCCGCCCCGUCGAUAUUGCUCUGGGUCCGCCGGACAAUUGUAUGGCGUUAUGCGGCGCCCACUCGCUCGAAAAAUGUCCAACAUGUGAUGUGGACUAUGCCCCCCUCAACCGAACUUCUCGUAUCCUUCAAACCAACCCGGCACUUCGCUGUCCACCCCCUCCACAGAUCGUCAGUAAGCAGAUGUCACAAGCAAUCACCAACACGAAGGAAGAAGGAAAUACUCUCUUCAAAGGCGGUCUGCAUGACAGGGCAAUUCAGCGAUACAGCAUGGCUGCAAACAUUGCCGUACAGCGGCCGCCCUGGGAGGCGCAACAGGUCAUGCGCGAAGAGCUUUCCACUAUUAUCUCAAAUCGCUCAGCUGCCUUCCUCGAGGCAGGAGACUACAUAGCGGCACUUGUCGAUGCCGAAACUGUCAUACAGUUGAAGCGGCAUUGGAGCAAAGGCCACUUCCGGAAAGCAAGAGCCCUCUUGAGAAUGGACAAAUACCAAGAAGCAAAGGAAGCAAUCCAAGUAGGACUGUCAUUUGAAUCUGGGAACAAGGCGAGCAUUCCUUACAUGAAUAUGUAG